AUGUCGAGAGUGGAAGAACAUGAGAGUGUGAAUAACCUAAAGAGGAAAUUCCCUUCCUUGGCAAAACCUAGGCAGCCAUUGAAAGAGACGAAUUCUAACAUCCCAUCACCUCAUAAGCGUGCUAAAAUAGAGUCCCCAGGUAAACAACAACCUACGCAACAACCACAACCACAACCACAACAAGAAAAGGUUGUUCAUAAACCAAAAAAAUCAUCUCAUCAGCUGAAAAAUAAUGAUAAGCUUGUUGGAGAUGAAAUGCAUGAAUGGCAACAGUCCUGGAGAAGAAUCAUGAAGAGUUCAAUUGUUUACUUUGAAGGAGACCAGCAACUGCUAGAGUAUAGAAAAGCACAUAAACUAUUGAGACUAGUUGGGUGCAAAGUGACUCCUUUUUAUGACAACAAUGUAACUAUAAUUAUUUCCAAACGUCCAUACGAUAGCAAGGCCGAGUAUUCUCCCCAUGACAUCUUCAGCAACGUAAGCAAAGCCAGUAUAAAGGUUUGGAACUAUGAAAAAGUGUUUCGUUUUUUAAAACAUCUUGGCAUCAAUAUCCAGACUGGGGUCGAUGAGCUUGCGGUUAAUACACAUACACUUCUUCCUCCGUCAUUGACCAACAAUAAUGAGAAACCCGAUUUGUACAAUUUGUUGAAAGAAGAAAAAAUAUAUGGUUCAACAGAUAGGGAUCCAAAUGCAAAACGUGAUGAUUUACAUUAUUUGGGCAAGAACUAUUUGUAUGUCUAUGACUUGACCCAGACAGUGCGGCCUAUUGCGAUUCGUGAAUGGAGUGAUCAGUAUCCGAUUAUGCGGUUAUCAUUGGACGGCAAGUGUCCAUUUAUAGAAGAUCCCACAGACCAGAAUCUGGAGAGAAAACGGCUCAAACGGUUAAGAAAAUUUGAAGCUAAUCAAGCACAUCGUCAGGCCUUGAGAUUGGCCACAUAUAAAAUGAUCAAUGGUAUUUCAAUGAGUGUGCAUGGCUUCACUGCCACGAGCACCAGCACAGACAAAGUUGAUGAAGAAGACGAUUCCACUGUCAAGGAACCUAGUGAAGACCCCAGAUUUCGUCAACCACUAAACAGAAACUCUUCUUGCAUUCAGUCGAAAGCAUUUGAGGCAAUGGCUUCUGGGUAUAAUGGGGCUUCUAAUGCAGUUCAGCCCUCAAUGGAUUCCAACUUGAACAGUGCCGCUGCAAUGGCCGGUGGGAACGGGUUAGGUCCAGCAUUAUCACAGGUUCCUUCCAAACAGUUGAAUAACUUGAAGAGGAGGAUUUUGAUGAAAAAGAAAACGACAAACACAACUGAAAAGAAAGAAAAGGAGCAUGCUUCGGGUUAUUGUGAGAACUGUCGUGUUAAGUAUACUAAUUUUGAUGAACAUAUUAUGACUAACAGGCAUCGCAAUUUUGCUUGUGAUGACAGCAAUUUUCAAGAUAUAGAUGAGUUAAUUGCUAGUUUGAGGGAAAGAAAAGGUUUGGGAAAUAUCAUCUCAAACGGAGAUUAUGUAUAG